GGGGCGCCUGMGGGAGCGGCUUGGGGAAAACGAAAGCGAAAGCGCGGCGCCCCUCCGCCCAGCCCUGGCCAUGGACGCCCGCGGCUCCCCGCUCCUGGUGCGCGUCUAUCCCUCCGGUAACAACCCCAAGCAGAUCGAGCUCAAGCUGGAGGCCUACUUCCAGUCCCCCAGGAAGUCCGGGGGCGGAGAGUGCGAGGUGCGGGCGCGGGACGCGGAGCGGGGCCUCUACGCAGUCAGGUUCCGCUCCGAGGAAGCAAAGAACCAAGUGAAGGCCCGCGAACCCCACUGGAUAACCAUUGAUGGGAGAAACCUGGAGGUCAGCAUCUUGCCCAGUUCUGAAGUCGACGGAGCGGGCCCCGGAGGAGGAGGAGGAAGACCUUUAGCAAACCACGCCGGUCCAGCAGCAGAGGCCUCUCCUGUCUUGAACACAAUGUCAGCACAGAAUGAACUGGAGUGGAAGCCAGGUGGGACACGUUCCAGUGAUCUUGACCACCUGACCAGAAAGAUUUUUCUCAAUGUUUCUGCCACUUUGAAUACAGACCUGCUCACAAGAGAAGAGAGGGAUCAGGUGGCUACGUUGUUCCCCACUAUAAAAAUAUAUUCAUGUUCAAGCCAUAUUGGCGUAGAAAGGGUGUUGGGAGAUUAUGACGCUAUCCAGAAGUUGCACUCUCACUUUGAGAAAGUCCUUGCAAACUCUCCACGGCACCGCAGUGCAUUUUCCCCCCUGAAUGGACAGAAUUCGUCAGACAACAUGGAUGUGGAAAUGGAAAGUGUGAAAGAGGAAAGCAAGAAUGAUUUCGAAGCCGUGUCUACUAUGGAAGUGCCUUCAGCUAUUUUUGAAUAUUUUAACCAGGUCUGUAAGGAAACAGUUGUAGAAUUAGAGCAGAGUUGUAAUGCCAGACUGACUUGGAACGAUCGUGGAAAUGGUUUGACUUCUGUAAAGUUUGUUUCUCUUGGGGCACCUAACUCCAUUGAGAAAGCUCAACAGAAAUUUGUCAGUGCUUUUCAGAAAAUAACAUCAGUUCUAAAACAGGAAAGAAUUCCUUUCACUGAGCACGUCCACUUUGUUAAGGCUCAGGAAUUGUUAAGCACCCGGUAUAAAAGUGUCCUUGUUAAACCAGAGGGAAAGGAGUUGAUUCUCCGUGGCCCUGGAAAGGAGAUUUCAGCUGCUAAGAAUGACAUAGAAGAAAUAAAGACAAAGCACACGGAGAAAAACCCAAAAAUUAAUUCCCCAGAGAGUGGCAUUGAAGUCAAUGCUGAUGUAUUUACAUUUCUUGAACCAAUUUUGGCUAAAGAUAUCAGGGCUAUAAACGAGAAGUUUGGUACUGAAAUAGACACAAAGCCUAGUGGAAAUAGUGGAAACCUCGUCAUCUUUUUUAAGCCAAAGAAGUACACAAAACCAUAUGAGGUCCCACAAGCUUACAAUAGCUUCUUUGAAAUUUAUCAGAAGCGUACAUUAGAACCCACAGAGAGAAAAAUAACUUUGAAUCUUCUGGAGGUUCAAAAGAAGUUAUUGAAUCAGUACUUUCCGCAACUUUGUACGGAAAAUCCCCGAGUAUGUCUCGAAAACAAGGAAGGUCAACUGAUCUUUCGUGGUCUUCCAGAACAAAUCUGUAAAGCUGAAAAGCACAUCAAGACAUUUCUAGACUCUGCCGUGGAACUGUCUUCAAAGUCACCUGUUCCUUCUUCCAGCACUGGAACCAUUCCAGGAAGACCCUUUGAGCAAAACAGUGACCACAGAAUGCAUCUUUCCCCGGCAAAGCGUCCUUCCCAAGAAAAAUCAGAUCUGAAAGCUAAAGAAGUGGAGCAAGAGGAGCAGUGCUCUAUCUGUAUGGAUAAAUUCAGCCAGAAAGAAGUGUUGCCCAAAUGCAAGCACGAGUUUUGCAGAGACUGCAUUCGAGAGGCCAUGAAGCACAAGCCAGCCUGCCCUGUGUGCAAUGAAUUUUAUGGGAAAAUAGAAGGGAAUCAGCCCCCGGGGCACAUGACAUUCUCGAAAAGUCCCCUGCAUCUUCCUGGUUAUGAGGGAUCAGGUACUAUCAACAUCACCUAUACCAUAGCUGAUGGCUUUCAAAUGAAAAACCAUCCAAAUCCAGGCAAAAGAUUUUCAGGAACAAGUCGAAUAGCGUAUCUACCUGACAACCAAGAAGGAAGGGAAGUUUUGAAACUGCUUCAACGGGCCUUUGAACAAAAAUUGAUUUUCACAGUGGGCCAGUCCCGCACAUCUGGUAUGAGUGAUGUGGUCACCUGGAAUGAUAUUCACCACAAAACAUCCAGAUAUGGUGGUCCUCAAGGUUUCGGCUACCCAGAUCCUCAUUAUUUGAAACGUGUGAAAGAAGAACUGAAAGCAAAAGGAAUUGAAUGAGUGAUUUAUUUCCUGCAAGAAAUCCAAAAUGUAUUCCUGUCUAAAGACAGACCACUUUUGCUAGCAUUUUGAAAGGAUUUGAAAGAAUGAAACCUUAACUGUUAUACAAUUGCUGCUUCUCAGGUGCAAAAUUUUGAAUCGCAGAAUAUUUAUGCAAGAGUUUUAUGCCCAGGUAGUGCUAAGCCUUGGUGAAGUUGUCUUUCAAGCUGUGUGACAUCAGAUUCACCUUCAAUAAUGAUACAGCGCUAUCAUGCAUUUUGUUUAGAAUACUACAUUGAUGUCUGUGUAAUGUGGAAAAAUGAACUUGAUCAACCAUUACCUUGGUGACUUGAUAGCAGUUGAAAAAUAGUUUCUUUGUGUCUGAACAUCUAUGUUGUGAGGGGAUCACUCAUGUGAUAUUACUAGAUCCCACACCUGUAGUCCUAAGGUAUGACACUGGUGUUGGAUGUAGACAUAUGAUUCUGCCAAGAUGUGCCUCUUUAUUUUGGGACUGUGAAACGAGAGAUUCUACUUUGAAAAAAAAAUUACCAUGCUGCCUGUAAAUGGAGAAAUAUUUAACCACCUGUUGUUUAUGGUAUUGCUUCAGACAAAUUUUUCUAAAGAUUUCCUUCUUUUUAAAAUACUUUAGAUGAAGAUCGUGCAUGGAAGCAGCUUACAAUGGGUUAUGGAUGAGCAAGUAAUGGCUGUCCAGCUGUAACUGGGCUAAAUUUCUUUAUCAUUCCUAGUCCGCAUUCAUAGUACGGAGGGAUAGUACCAGUAUCUGGAAGGCCACAUUAUUCCACAUCCAAGUUUUGCUAUUUUUGACUCAGUUUGACAUAAGGAAACAAGAGUGUUAGAAGGUAUUAACAAAUAAGUCAAGAAACAAAUAGAAAAUAACAUUAUCAAUAAUUUGUGAAAUUACUGCACAUCCAAGUUUUGCUAUUUUUGACUCAGUUUGACAUUUUAGAGCCUUGGCACAGUCCUAUCGCCAAGUAUAAUAAUAUCUGGUACACUUUCAGUAGUAUUGUUGGAUCAGUGUUGCCACACGCUUCUUUUCUCCUUAUGUUGGAACCAAAGGGUGAGCUAUAUUUUCUUUUUGAGUCAUACCUAGUUUGAAGACACAAUGCUAAUUCGUCUCUUUCUUUCUUCAUCAGUCGUAUGAAUAUUAUAUGUUGCAUUUGGUCCCAAACAAUACUUCCUCUUAUGUUGUUGCCCUUGCUCAGAACAGGAAUUUUUUAAAAAAAUACGGUUGGCUAGAUCAAGAAUAGAGAUUGAUUGAUGAAAAUAUAAUUAAGAAGGAAAUAAAGUUGUAUAUUCCAGCUA